AUCGUUACUCAAAGCUUGAUUUUAUUUAUAUAUAUAUAAGCAUAUCACAGUAUCAAGUGAUCAGGAAAAUGGGUAUUUCCUGAGAAAAGAGACGUACGUGGACGUGUCAUUUUCGAAUAUAUAAGUCUAUCUGAUUACUUUAUAGUUCAGUUUUGCGACUAUAAUUUUCGGCGAAGGAGUUUAUUACCUUUUCGAUUUUUGCUAUUUUAUACUUCUGUGCUUAGAAAGAGUGUAACUAGAUUUGUCUCUGCAGCUGCUUUUCUUAUUGAUGAUUUUAGUGAUUGAAACCUGAAAUGAGUAUUGGAAAACUUUUUAGUGCGUAUUGGACAGCGUUUAAAUUGCAUGCUGAGUUUUGAAAACAUGCAAUAAUAACGUUACUGAAUCUGGAUCUAACUUAAAACUGAAUAUAAAAGUGGAAGCGACUUUAUAGAAAUUCUAAUCCCAAUCAAAUUACACGUAAAAAACGUCCAUCCAAUUUGCUGCAGUCAAGCUGUCGUAGUGUUUCAUCAUUCAAAUGUUCAAAAGCAAAUCUACUUUACGAUAUUCAUUUUCAAAUAUUACAAGCAAUAAAAACUCGCAAAAUCCCGUUGAUAUAUUUCUGCCUAACUAUGUGACCUGUGCAAAAAAGAAAGAAAAUCCAAUGGGGGAACCAACAACGGCACAAUAUCACGAGGUCCAUGAAUCUUUAAAAAUCCGCCCGCUUUUGGUGGUACCUUAUCAAUUUGGCCAAGAUGCUUCAAUGUUUAUUGAUAUUAUUGAAGCUUCCAUCUCACUCAACGGAUUAAUCAAAAAUGAUCCACAGAAAGCGAUUGCUGUAUGUCAGUACAUGGAUCCAGCUGUGGUUGUUGCGAUUCGUCGUCUCAUUGCUCGCGAGGAUUAUUACAAUACAAACGCUAUUUUCGGAGCAUUGCUCAAAUUAUUUCCCGCCGGAAUAAACGAUGGCUGCCCAGUAUUGCAAUCGUUUCGAAAGCAAAGAAUUGGAGAACCAUAUGCUGAAUACGGUGAACACUUGAUUCGAUACGCGAGAAAUUGCGCCAAACCAGGACAAUUGACCGAUAUUGCUAUGGUUAGAGCAUUUACUAGAGGACUUUUAAACGAAGAAGCCAAGUGUCUGUUUCAAUACCAGGCAGUUCCGCCAAAAAACUUAGCUGAGUGCUAUGAACAACUCCAGCGCAGCACGGCGGUAUUUCCGCAUUUUGGAGUGCUUGGUCCUCUGCGUACACACAACAAAAGAACCGAUGCCAGUUAUAACAAAGGAACUUCGAUGGAUGGAUGCAAAUAUUGUAAGACGAGAGGACACGUUGUGGAAAACUGCAGGAAGCUGAAGAACCGUCUACUGGCAUCAGAAAAUCAGAAAGACGGCUAGUUUGGUUCAAAUGGAAAAUGUAAAUAGUUACAUAAGCGAACAAUUUGAUUAGGGAUAUAUGAUUAUUUGUUUUAGUAACUCACACGUUUGUACAUAUGUUUUAAUGUUUAUAUACAAUUAUAUGAAUAAUAUUUAAAUUGAAUAUUGCGCAAAAGCAAAAAGUGGAGGCUUUGACUGAUAAAAAUUUAUCUGCAAUACAGCAGUGCUAUUCAGAUUCGUUUGCCUAUUCAUUUAAACAUAGAACAAUAUUAUAAACGCACGUAAUUCGAUUAGAUAAAUUUGAUAUGUAAUUAAAGGUUAUUCUUAUUUUCUCUUGCCCUGAGGUUUGUCUUGGAAGUACUGUUAUAAAGUUUUAAACAUGUUUACACACUGUUAAUUCUGGAAAGUGUAAACUCAAAAAGAUACAAAAUCAAAUGAAAGCAGUAAAAAUAUGAAAGAAUCAUUGAACAAUAAUAAAACAGUAUAACUUCACAAAAUUUUGUCCCUACGCUGAGUAACCGUAAAAUUUACAGUGUUUAAUUGAAUGUUCGAUUUUAAUUUUUUAUUCAAUACUUCCAUCGCAUAUCUAAAUAUUUGUUGUGUACCAUGCCGUGAAUAUAUGUGUGUAUAUAGAA